GAAUAGUGGUGGGAGGGCGGGCGGCUGCGGGGCAAAUGUCCGGCCACUCCUGUCGGCUAAAGGGGGCAUGAAACUGUGGAAGGAGGCGGCAGGGCUCGGCUGCAAGAUGGAGGGCGUGCGUUGGGCUUUCGGUUGCGGCCCCUGGCGGCCUCGCUGCUCCGAGUGGCUGCUGGCGGCUCGCUGUGUGCAGGACGAGGAGAGGGAGCGCAUCGGCCGCUUUAUCUUCGCCAAAGACGCCAAGGCCGCCAUGAGUGGACGACUCAUGAUCAGGAAGUUAAUUGCUGAAAAGAUGAAGAUUCCCUGGAAUGAAAUCCAGCUAAAACGGACUAUUAAAGGAAAACCGUUUCUUGCCAAUCCUGUCCUCAACAUCAUCCCAAAUCUUAACUUUAAUAUUUCACAUCAAGGAGAUUAUACUGUUUUGGCAGCAGAACCUAUUUUGCAAGUUGGUGUAGAUAUCAUGAAGACUGACUUUCCAGGUAGCACCUCUGUUGCAGAAUUUUUCCGAAUUAUGAAAAGACAAUUCACAGAUCAUGAAUGGAAUACAAUCCAUACAGCAGGUGAUGAAUGGGAAAAACUGGACAUAUUUUACAGAUACUGGGCUCUGAAAGAAAGCUUUAUAAAGGCGGUAGGCAUUGGCGUUGGAUUUGAUCUGCAGAGAAUUGAAUUCCAUGUCUCGCCAUUACAUUUGCAAGAAGGGCAUGUUCAUAAGGAGACAAUAAUGUUUUUGGAUGGAGAAGAGGAAAAAACCUGGGCGUUUGAGGAAACUAUGCUGGAUGAUCGUCAUCAUGUUGCUGUUGCACUUGGUAAACAAGACACCAUUGGCAAAUACCCAGGAGAGGUACAAGAGAAUAUCAAUGAGGAACCAUCCCAGUUCAUACUGUUGACAUAUCAGGAUCUAACCUCAUCAGCUAUUACUAUGGCUCCAGAAGAUCCAAUGUACUGGAGAAACUUUGAAGCCAAAGAAGAGAAACCAAGUCGCCAGCGUAAGAUGCCAGUAUAGCUUGGUGCUGCUUGAAGCAGAAUAGUAGUGGAAACCCCGGUAAUAACGAUGACAGAAACUGGACAGUAAACGGAGGCACUUGCAAUCUAUUUACCUCUUUUCCUCAGGAUGAGUGAGAGAAAACCUUGUACUGAAUGUUUGAUGUGCACUCUGGGUUUAGUCAAAGCCAUUGGUUUUACACUACUGAUUCAUAGACACACUGAUAGGUUGAGAUGAUUUAAAAACACGCAUUAUGCUUUUCAAUUAAGUAUUUCACAACAGAAUAAAUAUAUGUAGGUAAACUAUUGUUUCUCGUGAUUCAUGAAAUGAAUCCACAAUGUUGAAAUACUAAAAGCCUUCAAGGUUUAAGGAUAUGUUCUGAAGAGUAUUUUUCUCCAGCUAACCAUGUUCCAUUGGAAAUGUCUGAGUUUUAGAUUAAGAGUAGGAAUGGCUGAAAAGAUGCCACACUAUUAAACAAAAUGAGAUUGCAUUUUUAAUGGAUAAUGUACUGACCAGGACCGAUAAAUAUACAGAAAUCUAGGAAUAAAUGGGACAUUUUAAAGUUGUGACUAUUGGGGUGUUGCAGGGAUUGAUGCAGCAUCCCAAGCUGUUCAUAAUCUGGAUGAGUGAAACCAGUGUGAUGUAUCCAUGUUUGCUGACAAUGCAGGAAGACUGCAGGUAGGCUUCAGUUGGAUGUAGAAAGGUGGAUAAAUGGGAAAGAACAUGAGAACAAGAAGGACGAGGGGGGACUCACUGAAAAUUACCGACUGGUGAAAUGCCUGGAUAGAGUGGAUGUGGAGAAGACGUUUCCACUAGUGGGAGAGUCUUGGACCAGAGGUCAUAGCCUCAGAAUAAAAGGACGUAUCUUUAGAAAGGAGAAGAGGGAUGUAUUUAGCCAGAGGGUGGCGAAUCUGUGGAAUUCAUUACCACAGAAGGCUGUGGAGGUCAAGUCAUUGUGUAUUUUUAAUUUGACAGAUUCUAGAUUAGUAUGGGUGUCAGGAGUUAUGGGGAGAACCCAGGAGAAUGGAGUUGAAGGGGAAUGAUAGAUUAGCCGUAUUUGAAAUGUACAGUGGAGUACAGUUGAUAGGCCGAAUGGCUUAAUUCUGCUCCUAGAACAUGAAAUGAAAAGGUAAAAUGUGAGGUUGGUAGAAAAGAUAGAAACAAGGAUCCUUGAACAGGAUUGGAGUACAAGAGUCGGGCGUCUUGUUCCAAUUAUGUAGAGCUCUGGAGAAACCUGUAUUGUGUACAGGUCUGGGCUCCCUUCCUAAAGCAGAAUAUACACAGAGUGCAGCAAAAGUUCACCCGAUUGCUGAAAUACCAAGUUUGUUGUAUUAGGGGAGACGACACAGGCAAGACUGAUUUGAGUUCAGAAAAAUGAAAGUGAUCUAAUUGAAAUACAAAAUUAAUUAAGUGCUUGACAAAAAUGAUGUUUCCCUGGAUGGGGUAUCUGGAACCAGCUGUCGUAUCUCAAAAUCAGAGAUUGGCCACUCAACUGAAAUAAGAGAUUUUCGGAGCGUGGAAUUUUCAGCAUUAGAGAGGGUUGACUGGAUUAUUGCUGGAAUCUGCUGUGUUCUUAUUCCAUCAACAUUAUUGUUUUAUAUGCACUGCCCCUAUAUUUGGAAUAUAAUUAUAUACUUGCCAUUUUUGUAAAAAUCCCUAAUAAAUGGCACAUUUUCACUAA